AUGUGCCCUGGUAUCUCUGCUGAUUUUCAACAGAUAGACGACUCCCGCAAGACCGCCAUCAUCAACAAGGAACUGACACGGCUUAACAUCGACGUUGCCUGUCUCCAGGAGACUCGGCUGGCCGACAGUGGCUCUCUUAGAGAAUCAGACUACACCUUAUUUUGGCAAGGCUUGUCCCUGGACGAGCCGAGGCAGCAUGGAGUAGGUUUUGCUGUGAGGAACUCGCUGCUCGCCACCACAGAAACGCCGACUGAAGGCUGCGAAAGAAUCCUAGUCCUCCGCAUGAAGACAACUACAGGGUUUGUCAACUUCCUGUCUGUUUACGCCCCGACCCUCACAUCCAGCACAGAGGCCAAAGAUCAGUUUUACGAAGCCCUGGAGGAAACAGUGUCCCAAAUACCCGCUCCGAAAGCGUAUACCCGCUAG